AUGAUGAUGAUGAUGGCGCUCGGGAGGGGGCUGUGCAAGCCCCGCUUUGGAAAGCGCAGACUCGGGUUCCUGCCGUUUCUGUGCGCCGUGCUUGCGUGCGCAGCCCUGGUGGCGCUGCUCUUCGUGGACCUCAUCGAGUUGUGGGUCACCUCCAUGGGCAUGAUGAGCGCAGUGCAGGCCAUCGUCGUGGUCCCACCGCAAAGCGUCCCCCCCGCCAGACUCGAGGAGUUCCUCCUGAUGCCCAGCCCGCUCGUGUGCCAGCGUGCCAAGCCUUACCUAAUCACCAUGGUUACCUCGGCUCCUGCCAAUCAGCGCGCCCGCCAAGCCAUCCGGGACACCUGGGGGGGAGAGGUGGAGGUGAGAGGUCUGCGGGUCAUGACCCUCUUCAUGGUGGGCGUGACCUCUGACCCCGGACUCGGCAAGCUGCUGAUAGAAGAAGCCAGAGAGAGGGGGGAUCUGAUUCAGGGGCUCUUUUUGGACACCUACUCCAACCUGACCCUCAAGACCCUGGCCAUGCUGGGCUGGGCCCGCAAGUUCUGCCCUCAGGCCCACUUUAUGGCCAAGGUGGAUGAUGAUGUCCUGUUCAACCCCAGUGCCCUUUUGCACUUCCUGAACAAAAGUCGUAACCCGUAUGAGCAGGGAGACUUGUACCUGGGCAGGGUGCAUCUCCAUGUGGCUCCAGACCGUGACCCGGAUAGCAAGCACUACCUCCCUUCAGGGGCCUACCCUUCGUCUUUCUUUCCGGACUAUUGCAGCGGUACGGCUUAUGUCCUGUCUCGCUCCGCACUGCUUAAAAUCUCCCUCGCAGCCUCAGCAUCACCUCUAUCCACACCCCUGCCCCCUGAGGACGUCUUCGUGGGUCUGAGCGCCCGGGCGGCUGGAGUGACACCCGAGCAUUGCCCUCUCUUCUCUGGUGGUCCAUUUGUGCCGUACGGACGCUGCUGCUACCAGGCCAUGGUGUCCAUCCAUCAGAUCUCGCCCAGGGAGAUGCUGCAGUACUGGCAGGAUGUCCAUGCACCACCACCCUGCUCCUGGCUGAGCCAGCGGGCCUCCCUGGGGGUGUGCAAAGUCAGGGCGAUGCUGGGUUUAGCCUUGGGGCUGGAGCAGGGACUGUGAAGGUCAACGAAGAACUCGGUGAGGGAGUCACCUCGCUUCACUACUGUGAACAGCACAAGUGCUCUUCAGGCUGCAAGUUUAUGUGCACUGAGAACAUUU